AUGAUUUUUUCCAAUGGUUUUUUGAUUUUCUUACUUUUGGAUAAAGCAAGAAUAGCGGUAAAUGCGCUGAAUCCCCUUAUUAUAAAAGGAAAUGCAUUUUUUGAUAGUGUUACAGACAAACGUUUCUAUGUAAAAGGAGUAGAUUACCAGCCAGGAGGAAGUUCGGGGAUUAUAGAUCCUCUUUCAAAUACUGAAGCAUGUGAAAGAGAUUUUGCUUUGAUGAAAGAUUUGGGAAUUAAUGCAAUUCGUGUUUAUCAAGUAGAUAAUGCAGAUAAUCAUGAUUAUUGUAUGAAUAUUUUGGACAAGAAUGGAAUCUACGUAUUCCUUGAUGUGAAUACAGCACUUAUAUCGCUCUGGAGCCUUAAUACUAAAUCUUCAUAUACAGAAGAAUAUAUUCAAAACAUUUUUGCGACAGUUGAUGCUUUUAAAAAAUAUCCCAAUGUUGCAGGAUUUUUUGCAGGGAAUGAAGUAGUUUCAUCAGUAGAACAAACAAGGGCCUUACCCUGGGUUAAAGCAGUAGUUCGAGAUUUAAAGAAAUAUAUUAAUUUGCAGUCAGAAAGAAAAAUACCCGUAGGUUAUUCUGCAACAGAUCUUAAUAAUCGUGUUCCCACCGCAUUUUAUUUAAACUGUGGAAAAGCAGAAGAACGUGUAGAUUUUUAUGCAAUUAACCUAUAUUCAUGGUGUUCUCCUUCUUCAUUUACAACCAGUGGAUAUUCCCAAAGAGUUGUCGAUUUCUUUGAUUUUAAAGCUCCAAUAUUUUUUAGUGAAUAUGGUUGUAAUAGAGUAGUUCCAAGGCCAUUUGAUGAAGUUGAGCAUAUUUAUUCAGACAAAAUGACGCAUGUUUUUUCUGGGGGACUUGUUUAUGAAUGGACAGAAGAAUCAAGUAAUCCGAAUUAUGGACUCGUUAUUGUUAAUGGAAAAGAAAUUGUAAAAAAACAAGAUUAUUUCAACUUAAAAGAGCAAUAUUCCAAACUAAAUCUUGAUAAUGACGGUGGAUAUAAAAUUAGGGAAGGGGGUAACGAAUGUCCCAAAAAUGCAUUUCCUUUUAAUGUUAAUUCCCCUCUUCCAACUAUACCUCGAGGAGCUGAAAAAUACUUUAAAAACGGUGCCGGAAAACCUCUAGGACUUCGUCCUUCAGGAUCAAGAAAUAGAUAUGCUAGACCAAUAAUAGAUUAA